AUGCCUGUCCGUCUCCCUGGCGACCCUCACCCGGUCCGCGAGCCGACCCUUCGCUCGGUCUUCUGGGACCUUAACCACCUGGCCAUCACCGGUUAUGUGGGAUACUUCGGUACCCACUAUGCGUACCUACACUGCUUCGACGAGGCAUUCCAGGACUGGUGUCGCGGGGCCGGCAUCGACCCCGACACUCCGUUUCGCCGCAACGGCAGGAUCUUGCCCAUUCCGCUGGCCAGCUUUAAGCGCACACCAGCUGAGGACGAGAAAAAGGAGAAGGAGGAAGUGCGCAAGGAAAGCUAUGUCACCGUGGGUGGCGUGAAGACUUUCCGCACCGAGCAGCAGGCGUUCAUGGACGAUCGGGAGGCCAAGGAGCUUAUGGUCAUUUACACAGACCCAUCGGAUAUUCCACCUACGUGCAAGAUUCCUUGUGAGACAGAGAGAGCUUCAGAAAGACACUUUUUAGCCUAAGUCGUCUGCUUACGAGCCUUCGCUUGAUGCCGAUCGACCGUACACCUCAGAGAAACCGUUCAGCUCAGAAUAACCGUUGAGGCUACGGUUACGGCGGCGGCUAUCGUGGUCGUGGCGGAUACAACAACUCAUACAACAACCGCCACGACGACAUGACCGAAACUGAUGAGGACUGUCGAGGAAGCACAUGGCAUGGAGGAUUCACCAAGGGACUGGGUUAGAUCAUUAGACCAAAUAUCAGCCGUCUUCAUA